CAUCCGGCAAACCAAGCGUCUGCCUAUCACGUCACUCCCAAGAACAGUCACACGCAACGCAACCGCUGCCCCAGUGACGAACAGAUCCCACGACCCUUCGUUUUCCGCAGUUUUGUCCUCCGUGAGAACGUGAGAAGCAUCAACGUAUAGUCACUCACAAUGGCGGAUUCGAAUACUCCGAAACCGAGCAGCAGCGUCAAGCUGGUACUGCUCGGUGAAGCUGCUGUCGGCAAGUCGUCUCUCGUCCUUCGUUUUGUCAACAACGACUUCCAAGAGAACAAGGAGCCCACAAUAGGAGCCGCCUUUUUGACACAGAAAUGCAACUUGCCCACGCGGACUAUCAAGUUUGAAAUUUGGGAUACAGCAGGUCAGGAGCGGUUUGCGUCACUAGCGCCAAUGUACUACCGAAAUGCACAAGCUGCUCUGGUGGUCUACGACUUGACGAAGCCGACAUCUCUCAUCAAGGCGAAGCACUGGGUUGCCGAGCUGCAAAGGCAGGCGUCCCCCGGGAUCGUGAUCGCACUCGUCGGAAACAAGCUGGAUCUCACAAACGACGGAGCUGGGAGCGGCGGGGACGCAGAUGGCGCGGGGUCUGAGGAUUCGGGCGACGCCAGGAAGGUCACGACCGAGGAAGCCAAGACGUAUGCGGAAGAAGAGGGGCUACUGUUCUUCGAGACAAGUGCCAAGACGGGCUACAACGUCACCGAGGUGUUUACGGCAAUUGCCAAUGCCAUUCCGGAGACAUCCCUGAAGACUGCCCGUGGCCCUGGCGUAUCACACGCGGCUGGCCGGACGGAGGAACAGAGAGUGAAUCUCAACGGCCCGCAGGAUCCGAACGCAAAGGCGGGUUGUGCAUGCUGAUGCAAGGAGAGGGUAUGGCUCGAGCGCUUAUUGAGUUCCCCGGUUUCUGUUUCUUUUACAAGGUUUAUCCGAGCGGUCGGUCAUAAUGGGCAGCCUGGGCAGGUCAACCAGGAGUACUAGUUGUUUUGGUCUUUUGUAUUUCUGAGCCUAUUUAAUAAUCUUCCCAAAGCCGCCGUCCCUGAUGCCGCAGCAACCUACGGAGGUACCUAGUACCUAGGUACCUUGUGAUGCUUGGUGGGUGUUUUUCGAACUCAGCUCUUACAUCAUCCAACAACUAACCUACUAGUAGGUUGGAAGGUGCCACCUA